CUUGGGCAGGAGGAACCCCCAAGCCAACACGCUCAGCCCUUGUUUUCCCCCCCAUCAGGAUUUGUCCUUCCCAAAGAUUGGGCGGAUGGAGGAGGAGGCUGCGAGGAAGAGGAAGAUGCCUUGGGCCCCCCAGGCAGGUGAGGAGGAAGUCAGUGUCCCUUUGGGCGGGUGUUGUGCUGGCUCUGUCAGCUGAGCAUGGCCCCGGCUGCAGGACAACCCCGCUGGCGCCGCCGUCCUGCCGGGGCCGGAGUUGGGGGGAUGUCCUUGGCCUUCCCUGUGGGCCGGAGGCAAAUCCCCUGCCUGUCCUUCUUGCUUCCUGCCCCAGGCCCCGAGCUGAGGACGGAGAGCCCGGAGGACAAAUCCCCCCGUGAGACCCUGGUGGGAGAGGCCGUUUUGAAGGGCUCCCCGGCGCAGGAAGGCAGCGGGGAGGAAAAGGGCCGGAGAUCCCCCCGCAGGAGGGGCUCCAAAGCCAUCCCAGGGUGCUCUGAGGAGGAAAGACCCAGCCUGUGCCAGGAAGGUGGUUGGAGCUUGAGCAUGAGCUCCAACAUCAUGGUCCCAAGGCAACCUCCCACUAGAAAGAAGCCCUUCAGGUGCUUGGAAUGUGGGAAGAGUUUCAGGAAGAGCUCCCACCUGCUCCGACACCAGCACAUCCACACAGGGAAAUGGCCGUACAUGUGUAGGGAGUGUGAGAAGAGCUUCAGAGACAACUCUGAUCUCCUCAGCCACCAGCGCAUCCACACUGGAGAACAGCCCUACACGUGCGGGGAAUGUGGGAAGAGCUUCAGUGACAGCUCCAACCUCCGCACCCACCAGCACAUCCACAGUGGGGAACGGCCCUACACGUGUGGGGAAUGUGGGAAGAGCUUUAACCAGAGCUCCACUCUCCGCUCCCACCAGCGCAUCCACACCGGGGAACGACCCUACAAGUGCUUGGAAUGUGGGAAGAGGUUUAGCACCAGCUCCAAUCUCCACACGCAUGAGCGGACGCACACGGAUGAGAGGCCCUUCCGCUGCACCGACUGCGGGAAGGGCUUCAACCGGAACUGCACCCUCAUCAGGCACCGGCGCACCCACACCGGGGAGAGACCCUACAAGUGUGGGGAGUGUGGGAAGAGCUUCGCCCAGAGCUCUACCUUGACCUCACACCAACAGACCCACCAGUAAGGGAAGCCCUACCAGUGCCGAUAUAUUGUGUGAGUGCAGGGCUUGAGGCGUGUGGGAUUGUGUGGACACAGAGAAAGAACUAACAUUCAGAAACAUAUCUGCUUCCCUGUCUCAAUUAAUAAACCCCAGAGUUUGACACAUUAAUAAUAUCCAUAGCAAUUGUGAUUUGACAAUAUAUUGUGACCUGCAUAUGCACAUAUGAGCAAAGGGACAUUCGAAAUAGGUGUUGUAGUUUCUGCAGUUCUUGUGUUAUGGGUUAGGGUAGAGAGGAUUUGAGCUAAAAAUUGUCUGAACAUUUUGAGAGUGCAGAGACAUCUGUCUGACCAUCACUAGAUGUGCUUUGAUUUUAAGGCAGAGCACGUUAAAGAAUGCAAUAACUUAACGCCAGCUGCAGUCUUGAAUUUUUGCUUUUUCAGCAAUAACAAUAGCAUUAAUAAUUACUAAUAGUUAAUGAGCUAACAUGCAAUAAAUGUAUCUGCUCAUUUUGACAUAUGUGUGUCGCUGGAACAGAGAGAUUUCUCUGAACAUUUUUUCCUGCACUCUGUAUGCCUUUCUUGCCAUGGAAGUGACAAGCUGUAUUGUUUAUACUUAUAGACUGUGUGAAAAUAUGUGAUAUUUAUACUUGUUAGCUGCAUGUCUAAUUAUAAGGUUUGAGAACGUAAUAUGUUUAUAGUAAGAAAGCCUUGAGAAACUGGAGAUAAUGAAACACCUGCAGAUUUAGGAAAACCCCUAAAAGCAUAUUAAUUAGAAAGAGCUUUUUAUGCCAAGGAUGAUUUCAGGUCGCAUGGACAGAGCCUCAGAUCCAAUAAACUGAGAGCAUGAGACGCGUGCACAGACUGAGCUAUCCAAUCACCUUGAUGUGAGCAUGUACCCUGAGCAAACUAAACUGUAUAAAAGUUAACUGAUUUAAAUAAUAAAUUGGACAUUGCUUUGAUCA